UAACUGCUGUAGACUUGAAGGGAGAUUAGACAGUACAUUAGCGCCAAAACAGAGCACCAUCGUCCACCAUGGAGGUGACAACCUUCAUGAGCAUGUGGUCACUCAGCCUUGGAGCUAUGGGUGCUGUCAUUGCUGGCAUAAUUCUGGCUAACACAGAUUUUUUCCUGACCAAGUCUGAUUUUGCUACUCUACAGUAUCUGGAAGAUGCUGACCUCAAAACCACUGACGCAGAUGAGAAGGUAUUUAAAGCUAGAACUCUUUGGGAGACUUCUGGAGCAGUGAUCAUGGCUGUACGGCGGCCUGGAUGAUUUUUGUGUAGAGAGGAAGCCGCUGAGCUAUCCUCUCUGAAGCCCCAACUGGACAAGCUUGGGGUUCCUUUGUACGCUGUGGUCAAAGAGAACAUUGAUACAGAGGUUCACGAUUUCAAACCACACUUUGCUGGAGAUGUCUUCCUGGAUGAGAAGCAAUUGUUCUAUGGUCCCACCCUGAGGAAAAUGGGAGGUCUUGGCUUCAUUCGUCUGGGAGUUUGGCAGAACUUCGUAAGGGCCUGGAGGUCAGGUUACCAGGGAAACAUGAAAGGAGAGGGCUUCAUCCUGGGUGGAGUGUUUGUCAUUGGAUCUGGCAAGCAGGGAGUUCUUCUGGAACAUCGGGAGAAGGAGUUUGGAGACAAAGUCAAUAAUGAGUCUGUUUUGGAGGCUGCUAAGAAAAUAGUAGUUCAGAACUAAGUUAGUUUGUGUAUGCUUAGUGAUCUAGGGAUUAUUUGAAGAUUACAAGCAGGUUGCUAAAACAGAAAAAAAUACAAACGAGUCUUGGUACUAUUAAAACACAUCUUUUUAAAGCUAACAGACAACGUUCAUCUGUCUAACCUCAUUGCUUCAACUAAUGCUGUGAAUGCUCAGGAAAGCACAUUUUCUGAUGAAUUGACACAAGAGAGUCAUCUUACAGAAAAAACAAGUACAAAGUGUGUCAUUAAUGGGAUUUUAGCAUUGCAUCGUUUGCCCCAUUCAGGUACAUAGGUGUUGAUAUUUGUGCACUGUUGUUUUUCACUUUAGAAGUCAUUAUUGUAUUGAGAUCUUCUUCACUCACUCAGGUUCUGAGAUGUCUGCUGCAUGACUGUGGCUUGGUUCGUGUGUUUUAAUGAUGGUCUGACUACAAACUCCUUAGUGAAUUAGCAGACUUGAAGCUUAACAUACUUUCCUGAUCAACAGUUUUUGGUUAGUGGAAAGUCAAAGAUCCUGAAACGAAUGGAGAGUGCCAUUUACAAUAAAAACAGCAGUCACGAAAA